AACUCACAUCUUUUAUCUAAUUCUCGUGUCUUCUCAAGCCGUGGCGCUCAAGAAAAACUCCACCGUAACAAAAGAGAAUCUUGUGGCGUUCAAGAAGGUUCGCGAUAUCCAGCUUCGAAAAUGGGAUGGGUCUGGAGAGACGACACCGGCGAUUUGGAUUCAUCUGCCGUUGAUGGCGCCAAGUUCGACAAUUCCACCUAUCCAUCCUCCAGCGAUCGGUGUUCGACGAGAAAUGUGGUGAGGUCGCACUGCAAGACCGAGGAGGUUGAGCCCGGAAAAUUCGUCAGGAAGUGCGAGAGAACCGAGGAGAUCCUCAGGGACUGCAUUGGAAGGCCAACCGAAGUGAUACAGUCCAACAAGGAAUUUACGGAAGAGGAUGUAACAGAUCAGAUGGUCAAUAGGUCAUUCCCGUUGGGAUCAUCAGAACAUCGACCCUUUGAUUUCCCUGGACUCCGUAGCGAUAUCGAUGCCAUUGAACAGAGUCUCUUUGGUAGCAUGAAGGGGUUCUUUGAAGCAGCUGAAGAGAUUAAGAAUGGUUUCUUUGGUUCUUUAAGAGAUCCACCCCUAUUCAAUAGAGAUUCUUCCUCUCCCGGAUCGAUGAGACGUGGUAUACCGAUUGAAGAUCAUGAUCCAGAGUUCUUCUCCAACCCAAAAGAGCCCGAUUCUGGUCACGUUGACCUAUCUGGAUUGGCCAGGGAUGUCUAAAUGCCCUUAAUGAACCUGAUCGCCCCUUUCUUUUUCUGAUUAGAUACUACGGGUACACAGUAUAUUGUCUUUAAUUUUGGUGACUGUACAUUUGGUGAUCAAUAAAAUACUCUUUAGUUUUCCUUCA